GUUUGGUCAACUUGCCCGUUAGCAAGUCAAGGUCAACGACUCCAGUAUGCUGUCGCGCAUGGAUUAAAAAAAUUGCCUUCUAGUCCACAUAAGAGUUUUGGCAUUCACAAAGUUUCUUUUCAAGUAAUGAAGUCGAGCAUCAUCACCUUGAAGGAGAAGAAGAGGGCGACCACGUCCGUGGCGACGCUGCCGUCAAAAAUGACUGCGGAAUGGUGCUCACUCCUCCUCAGCUUCGCCGCCAUUGCCGUCGCUCGUGUUCACUGCCAGUCAUCGGAAGGGUUUAUAAGCAUCGACUGCGGGAUCGAAGAUGGAUCUAGUUACGACGACCCGAUCACCAACCUCAACUACGUCUCCGACAGCCCCUAUAUUGACACCGGCAUAAACGCGAACGUCUCGGCGGCGUACGCCACCAGCGCCAUGGAGCUGCAAGAGAGAAGAUUCCUCAACGUGAGAAGCUUCCCCAACAACAACCGCAACUGCUACGACAUCACCGGGGUCGCGAUGGGAUCGAAAUACUUGCUGCGGGCGACGUUCAUGUACGGGAACUACGACGGGCGGAACAGCCGGUCGAUCGUGUUCGAUCUCUACCUGGGGGUGAAUCUGUGGAAGACGAUCAACGUGACGGAUCCUGCGGCGACGAUCCGGACGGAGGCUUUGGCGGUGGCGCUGGGGGAGUCGUUCUCGGUGUGCCUGCUGAACACGGGGAAGGGGACGCCGUUCGUGUCGGGGAUGGACGUGAGGCCGCUUAAGGAUGGCGUCUACCCGGGGCUAAACGCGACCCUCAGCGCGGUGGUCCACAAUAGGCUUAACAUGGGACCCACCAGCGGGGCCAUCAGGUAUCCCGAUGACAAAUAUGACCGCAUAUGGGAAACCUACAGCUCCCCCCAAUGGACCGAGAUAUCAACCGAUAGCACCGUCAAUAACCUCUCCGUUGACGGUUUCGAGCCGCCGACCGCCGUGAUGCAGACGGCGGUGACCCCGGAGAACUCUCUCACACUGAAUUUCACCUUGGAGUUGGAUCCCGGCGAUCUCAGCGAGAUCGUGGUGGCCGUCUUGUACUUCUCCGAGUUCCUGACCCUCACCGGCAACAUGUCGAGGCGGUUCUACAUUUACUUCAACGGUGCUCGCUGGUUCCAAAAGCCUUUCGUCCCGGAAUAUCUCUUGAGUGACUCUGUCUACGGCAUUGUUUCGCAGACAGGAUAUUGGCAGUAUAACAUAACGCUCCAAGCGCUGAGCAAUUCCACCCUUCCGCCCAUCCUCAAUGCAAUGGAAAUCAUGGCCGCAAUGGACAGCUCGAAUGAGGCAACAGAUGGUGGAGAUGUUGAUGCCAUAAGUGGAAUAAAAGAAUCAUAUCAGGUCAAGAGAAAUUGGAGGGGAGAUCCUUGUUCUCCAAAAGACUUUGCUUGGGAUGGAAUAAACUGUACCUUUAGCCUCUCUGAGCCUCCAAGGAUCACAAGAAUAAAUUUGUCCUCGAGUGGAUUGAAUGGUACAAUAAGUACUGCAUUUGCUACCCUUGCUGCAAUCCAGUACUUGGAUUUGUCAUACAACAAUAUAACAGGGACAAUACCCGGUUUUCUAGCACGCUUAUCUUCCCUCAAAAUCCUUGAUUUGACUAAUAACAAUUUAACUGGAUCCAUUCCUUCUGCUCUUCUGACAGAAGCACAAAAUGGAUUGCUCACUUUGAGACUUGAAGGAAAUCCUUAUCUUUGUACCGAUGAAAGUUCAUGUCAGCUAACACCAGCAUCAACAAAGAAGAAAAUAACAGCACCAGUCAUCGUGAUUCUUGGUGUACUUCCUCUGCUGCUAGUAGUUUUGGUGGUAUUCCUUGUCUGGAGAUACAGAACUAACAAGGGAUAUGGAAGAGCUAGCCAUGUAAGCCAGCAAAACCAACCUAUCUUCAACCGAAUACAAAAGCACCAAGACAGCCCGCUGCAAUUUGAGAAUCGACAAUUCACGUAUUUGGAGUUGAAGAAUAUAACAGAUAAUUUCAAGAGAGUCCUUGGUAAAGGAGGAUUUGGGACUGUCUACUAUGGGUGUUUAGAAGAUGGUAUUGAAGUUGCAGUGAAGAUGAGAUCUCCUUCAACAUCUCAGGAACCUAAGGAAUUUCUUUAUGAGGCCCAGUUUCUGAUGAGGGUUCACCACAAAAACUUAGUUUCUAUGCUUGGGUUCUGCAAGGAUGGAGACUAUAUGGGACUUGUGUAUGACUAUAUGGCCCAAGGAUCUGUAGAAAAUCAUUUAAGAGGAAGAAGACAGAAUGCGACAAGUUUAAGUUGGCGGCAGCGUCUCCAAAUUGCACUUGAAUCUGCUCAAGGACUGGAUUAUUUACACAAGUCAUGCAAACCAUCGAUCAUUCACAGAGAUGUCAAGACAGCCAAUAUACUUCUGAGUGAGACGUUUGAGGCAAAGAUAGCUGAUUUUGGAAUAUCAAAGACUUUAAGUGAGACAAACACUCAUGUAUCAACCAUAAUAAUAGGGACAAAAGGAUACUUGGAUCCAGAGUACCAUAUUACCGGCCAACUCAGUAGAAAAAGUGACGUGUACAGCUUUGGAGUGGUCAUUUUGGAGCUGAUCACAGGGAAACCUGCAAUCAUAACCAGCGAAGAUAAUGUACACAUCUCGCAUUGGAUCCAACAAAGGCUUUCCCAAGGAAGCAUAGAGGAUGUUGUCGACGCAAGGAUGCACGGGGAGUACAGUGCGAAUUCUGUCUGGAAAUGCAUUACUACUGCACUAGCAUGCCUGACAGUAUUGCCCUAUCAGAGGCCAACCAUGGCGAAUGUGGUUUCACAGCUGAAGAGGAGCUUGGAGUUAGAGAACCUUCACUCUCAGAACAGGCGCACUGUCACAAGCGGUGAGACUGUAUUCACAUCGAGCUUGAAGUAGAGCUCUAGUCAGUGAGACUUCUCAAUGCCUCAAUUCUUCAUUAUACUUUUGAAGAUUGUAGGAUUGGUAAAGCAGUUGUUCAGCUUGAAGUCUAGAGUCAAUUUGUUCAAAACGUUAUUUUCCCCCUCUUUUUCAAGGGAAAAGAGAUACAAUGUAAGAAAAUGAGACACAAUCAAGUCAAAGCCAACCCAUUUGCUUG